GCAUCGGGAAGGAGAGGGGCGAAAGGCAGAAGGAAAACUGCCUGAAAUGGCUCAAUCAACCGGAGAAACGCGGUUGUAUAUAUCUGCCGUGACUGUACUUAUAUGUGCCAUGAGCAUAGUGCCACUUUCUGCGGUGCUUACUCCUGCCUCGCAUCCUCAUCGAAAAUCUUCUUCGCUAAAGAUGGACGAAGCGACGUUGACAGUCAGUAAUGAACUCGAAAGUGACAUGGUUGUCUCGUGGCUGUCAGACCACUGUUAUCAGUGCUUGUUCCAGCCUCUUGGUGUAGUACCAGCAGGACCAAAAGCUGGACAGCCCAGCGUGGUGGACUUAACCGUGGGGACUCAGCAUCCCAUCACUCUUCAACUGAACAGCUCUCCUGUCAACCUCGAGCAGUGCAGGCUUCAUUUUCAUUUUGGUGAGCAUGGGAAAUACUCACUGUGGGUGAAGAAUCUCAAUAAUCCCUCAGAGGUCAACUGCACCUUAGUUACUGAAACAGAACCUGCUAACAGUUACUUGCCGAUAUUAUUUGCAUUCCUUGGCUACAUCGGUUUGUUUAUGUUGGCGGCCAUUGCAAAUACAAUAAUGGGACUUGAGGUGGUGAAAACCCAUUUUAUGCGCUGGGGCAGCGCAAUGGAGACUGACAGGCUCAUUAACUCAGAGCUUGGGCCAUCAAGUUCCUUGAUAGAGCCCUCCGUGGAAGCGAUCAUGCCAGCUACUGCUGGAAGAAGGCUUCGCUCACUGGAUACAUUCCGAGGGUUGUCCCUGGUAAUAAUGAUAUUUGUGAACUAUGGAGGAGGGAGAUACUGGUUUUUUAAACAUGAAAGUUGGAAUGGAUUGACUGUUGCAGAUUUAGUGUUUCCAUGGUUUGUGUUCAUUAUGGGCACCUCCAUUGCUCUGUCUGUCAGUGGCUCACUGCGCAGAGGAGCGUUCCGCUCCCAGUUACUGGGGAAGUGCCUGUGGAGGAGCACCCAGCUUUUUGUCAUUGGCCUGUUCAUCAUCAAUCCAAACUACUGCCAAGGGCCAUUGUCCUGGGAAAACUUGCGUAUCCCUGGAGUUCUACAACGGCUGGCUUUUACCUACUUUGUUGUUGCCUCUCUGGAUCUUCUGGUGGCCAGAGUUCGGCUUGAUAACCUGCCAAUGGAUGCCUGGUGGUACCCAGUGUGUGACUUCCUCCUUUACUGGCCUGCUUGGCUGUGUGUGAUCAUCCUAGAAGUGCUGUGGUUAUGCCUGACGUUCCUCCUUCCUGUCCCAGCCUGCCCAAAUGGGUACCUUGGCCCAGGUGGAAUAGGCGACUUUGGACAAUACCCAAAGUGCACAGGGGGAGCUGCAGGCUUUAUCGACCGCUGGCUGCUGGGACAAUCUCACAUUUACCAGACGCCAUCAUCAAGGGUUAUUUACCAGACCACAGUGCCAUAUGACCCAGAGGGAGUGUUGGGCAGCAUAAACUCUAUCCUAAUGGCGUUCCUUGGUCUUCAGGCUGGAAAGAUUCUUCUUCACUACCGUGAUCUACACAACAGAAUUAUGUCCAGAUUUCUCAUAUGGGGGCUUAUCCUGGGUGUAUUGUCUGCUAUCUUGACUAAGUGUUCCAGAGACCACGGUUUCAUCCCCAUCAAUAAAAACUUAUGGUCUCUAUCCUAUGUGACCACCCUAAGCUGUUUUGCCUUCAUUGCUCUUGCUCUGGUGUAUUACUUCGUGGACGUGAAGAGAUGGUGGUCUGGUGCUCCCUUCUUCUACCCAGGUAUGAACUCCAUCUUGGUGUAUGUGGGUCACGAGGUCUUUGAGAACUACUUCCCCUUCCGCUGGAAAAUGGCAAACAGCCAGGCACACGCGGAGCACCUGGCCCAAAACCUGUUAGCCACAUCCAUAUGGGUACUCAUCUCCUACAUCCUCUAUAGGAAGAAGAUUUUCUGGAAGAUUUAAGGAGGAGGUCAUAUAUUUGUUUCUGGAUGAAUGAGGACCUUAAGUGACAAAACAUAUUUGGAGCUUGACAGUGGAGUGGAAGCGUUUCAGGGUUUUUUUGUUUUUUUUGUUUUGUUUUUUUGUUUGUUUUUUUCUUCUGCUGAACAGCAUUGAGAUUUUUGCCGGGACUAUGGAUUGUAUCAGACUGCUUGAUCUCCCAGUAUCAAUACUAUGAAACAGUGAUUUGGAUCUCUGAUGGCUGCAGUUCACACUGUCCACUCUUUGUAUGUAAGGGUGGAAUUAUCAGCACUACAGCUCUAUGGACAUAUUGCCAAAAGGCGUGGGACAGGGAUAUUUUGUUACUGAUUUUAAGAAAAUAUAUAAAAGAGUAACUGGACCAUGAAGAUAGAGCCAAUGCAACUUCCUUUUUCAAUUUCCUAAGUGCACACCUCUGAUUUGGUUUCCCAUUGUAUCUAUUGUGCACAGUCUUGACAUGGUUGAAGGUUGCAUGUGAAGCUACUAAGGUUGCAAAGACAUUUUCAAAUGUCUGAAGUGCCACAAGAUGUUUACAGCCAGAAAAGCAUUUUUGUUGACAUAAACACAAAAUAUCAUGGUACUCCACAUAUUGCCACAUAUACUGUAAUUAAUUUCAGUAGUUCAAGUUAAUAGGGUGAAGGGCCAUUCUGAAUUGGAUUUGCCACAUUCAGGGGGCUAUAAUUGCAUUAAGAAGAGGAGGAGUGGUGCUUCUCUAUAGUUUUAUAUGAUGUACAAUUCUACUUCCAUUGUGUAGGGCCACAGAAUAUUACAAACUACUUAACACUGGUAUGGUUUUAAAAUAUCAGUUUCCAAGCUUGUGCAAUAUGGUCCUUUUCUAGUCUACGGUGAUGCAAAGCAUUUUCAACGAUUUUGUUUUAAUGAUUUAAAAAAACAUCAAACCGCCAAAACAUGCUUCUGCUAUUCCUCAGGAUUAUAAAUACCUGAACAUUUUGCUGUAGUUUAGGGAAUGGACCUGAGGUUAAAGCAGCCUUUCAAUAAUUGGUGUCACUUGUAAAAACGGUGCCAAAUAUGUUGACAUGUACUUUUCACAAUCAUUCAUGGGGUGGUGGGACUUUCUAUAAUUCCUACAUUUUUUUAUGGUAGGGUAGAGUAUCAUGUUUUUAAACAGCUGGAAACCCCAUCAAAGCACUGUUCAAGUUUUCCCUAAUUGCCUUGGCCACUAUCUUAGAGGUCAUGGUCUAGUUUUAAGAAGAAUUUCUGAUCACCUCAAACCAAUACACAAAAACAAUAUAGAUCAUAACAUAGGAUGCAGCAUCACACCAGUGAUGGUGUAAAUUAAAAACAUGUGGUCUAUGCGUCGGUGGGUAUGUGUGUGUGCAUGCUCAGGCCACAACGUUUUAAAAAAAUAUUCAGUUCAGAGUGCAUGUGAUGUAACUGCGGUAUAUUAAAAUUUAUACAGUAAAUACCAAUGAGAGGAUUUAAGUAAUGAAUUAUAUCUGAAUGUCUGUAAUGCUGUUGAAUUAUUGCCAUUGUACACUUAUUUUUUAUUAUUUUUUAUGCUUUGUUUUUAAAUGGUGUUUUGUUUUAUACUUCUCAAUGCAAAUGAUGAUCAAAAUAAAUGGCUUAAAUAUUU